AUGAUUUCAACUAAGCAUGAUAGUACUACUACAGAUCUACAAAUAAGAGGAAAAACAGUUAAAAAACCUAAAGUAGUUGUAGAUUACAAUAUUGGUAAAAGUUCUAUUGUUCUUUCUGAUCAGAUGAGCUCUUAUUCUAACCCUCUUCGCCGUAGCCAGAAAUGGUAUAGAAAAGUUACAUUAGACGCACUGUUAAAUAUAAGUGUUGUAAAUGCUCUUGUCUUAUUCCAAGCAGUUACCUCAUCAAAAUUAUCUAUAACAGACUUUAGAGCCCAACUUGUUGAACAGUUAAUCAAAAAAGAGUCUAUUCCAGAAAAUAUACCAGAAACACAUAAAUUAGUAAAAUCAAAUAGAAGUAAAUGCAGCAAGUGUUAUGCAAAAAUGGUUAUAGCUAAAGGCAGAACAUUUGCACAAAAACAUGUAAAUAAAACAUUUACAAAGUGUUUUUUAUGUGACAAGUAUUUUUGUAUGAAUUGUUUUUUUGAGGAACAUAAAUUUGUAAAAAAGUAA